ACAAAUUACAAAUAUAUCCAAAAAAAAAAAUUCCACAAUCUCAAAAGCGAAAAUGUCUUGUAGAACAUAGAUCUUGAAAAUCUCAUCAAAGGCCGCCGACCAAGUCAACGACGGCCACCAGAGCUUUCAACGGUGACGAAACGCUGGCAGUUAGUUAACAGAGACGAGAUGUGGCAGAUAGAAUCUUGAGAGAAAGACGAUAAGCUUACGACAAAUACACAAUAGAUACUAGAAGCCAUGGGAAGAUCAGUUGGAAAUGAGAAGAUGCCAUCCACAUAUUGAAAUACGAUGAGAUUGGAAGGAGCAAUGGAUUUGCAAUUAAUUAAAUUCUAUACAAAAAUAAAUAAGAAUUGUAGCAACCUGUUAAACCGGUGAAUAGGUAAAGAAAUAAAGUAAUUGGAUGAGGUGUCUAAUUUUGAUUGGUGUGUGUUAAAAGAGUGUGUUAGGGAGUGUGUCCCUAGCAUUUCUCUUAAAAUAUAUUCAAUUAGAUUUAAAAUAAGAUUUUGUUGGUCUAUAAAUACCACCUUAUAAAGAACUCUAAUAUGCAUCAUAAAGCAAGCAACCUACAAUAAACUUGGAGAAAGAAAAGCAUACAACAAGAGUUUUUAAGUUAAGAAAUUCUAUUAAAAAUAUGGAUAACUUCCCAAUUAUCAACUUAGAAAACCUGAAUGGUGAUGAGAGAAAAGCUACUAUGGAGAAAAUCAAGGAUGCUUGUGAAAACUGGGGAUUCUUUGAGCUGGUGAAUCAUGGCAUACCUCAUGACUUAAUGGACACUGUGGAGAGGUUAACCAAAGAACACUACAGGAAAUGCAUGGAACAAAGAUUCAAGGAAUUAGUGUCUUCCAAAGGGCUAGAGGCUGUUCAAACUGAGGUCAAAGACAUGGACUGGGAGAGUACUUUCCAUUUGCGUCACCUACCUGAGUCAAACAUUUCAGAGAUCCCUGAUCUCAGUGAUGAAUACAGGAAAUCAAUGAAGGAAUUUGCUUUGAAGCUAGAGACACUUGCAGAGGAGCUACUAGACUUAUUAUGUGAAAAUCUUGGACUAGAAAAGGGGUACCUAAAAAAGGCUUUGUAUGGAUCAAAGGGACCAACUUUUGGAACCAAGGUUGCAAACUACCCUCCAUGCCCAAAACCAGACCUUGUAAAGGGUCUCCGUGCACACACCGAUGCCGGUGGAAUCAUCCUUCUUUUCCAAGAUGACAAGGUCAGUGGCCUUCAGCUUCUCAAAGAUGGUAACUGGGUAGAUGUCCCUCCCAUGCAUCAUUCCAUUGUCAUCAACCUUGGUGACCAACUUGAGGUAAUAACAAAUGGCAAGUACAAAAGUGUGGAACACCGUGUGGUAGCACAAACUGAUGGAACAAGAAUGUCUAUAGCCUCAUUCUACAACCCUGGUAGUGAUGCUGUUAUCUACCCAGCACCAACAUUGAUAGAGGAGAAUAAUGAAAUCUACCCAAAAUUUGUGUUUGAGGAUUACAUGAACCUUUAUGCUAGGUUAAAGUUUCAGGCCAAGGAACCAAGAUUUGAAGCAUUUAAGGAAUCAAAUGUUAAUUUGGGUCCAAUAGCAACCGUUUAAUUAUGUUUUACUAUAAAUAAUUAUAUAUAAACAUGUUUGUUUAAGGGGAAGCAAGCAAAGUAAAAAAAGGUUAAAGUCAAGUGCAUAAGUUUCUCAAAAUAGUAUAUAGUUGUUUACUUUAUUAUAGUGAGUGAUGUGAUGUUGUUCCAUGUAAUAACGUUAUCAAAUAUAGGGGAGAAAAUAUCAAUGUUUGUUAAUAAUAAAGUAUUGUUCAUGUGGAAUAAAUAAAUAUAUGUUGGUUCUUGUCUUUAUC